GCCAAGGAUGCGAAAGCGAAGAAGCCUGUCCAAGCCAAGCCUGAAGACGCCGAGAAGUUGGUUCUGGAUUAUUUGAGAAAGACAAACCGGCCAUACAGUGCUACCGACGUCUCAAUGAACCUCCACAACGCAAUCUCUAAACCGAACACACAGAAAAUUCUUCAAGUCCUGGCCGACCGCGGCGACCUCCUCAUGAAGACCUACGGCAAGCAGAGCGUGUUUGUCGUGAAGCAGGAUACGGGGAAUGUUCCCAGCGCAGAGGUGUUGGCGGAGAUGGACGGCAAGAUUGAGCAGUUGAAGGAGAGGGUGCAGGGAGUUAAGGAUGGGAAUAGGGCGUUGCAGAAUGAGUUCAACCAGGUCACGGCCACGCCGCCGACGAACACUCUCGCUCCACUUCUCGCCAACCUACAAACCGAGAUUCAGACGCUCAGUACACGUCUCGCCCCCCUCCGCACCGGCGCGAACCCAAUCACGCCCGCGGAACGCAAGCAGAUUGACACAGACUACCACAACAUGCGCAAAGAAUGGCAAAAAAGGAGGAAGUGGUUCAAGAACUUGUGGGGGAUGAUCGAGGAAGGAUCCGGGAUGACAGAAGCAAAGGAGUUAUUUGAAAGGCUUGGAAUCGAGGAGGAU